UACAAAAUGGCUUCCAAUUUGACAGUACGAUCGGGACACUUUGAAGUUUUUAUUCGCCAACAGUGGUGCAAAGUCUCUGCGACACUGAACGAUGAGUCCCUUACAUUAUCGCUCGACGAACCACCUGAAAACAUGUCUGCAUCGUCCACUGCGAAUGACAUAUCCGUCCAGAGCAUGCAUGUUCACACCCCAAAAAUAGAUUUGUCUCCAGUCCCAGAUAAUAUUCCUGGACAACGUCGAACUGUGAAAGUACUUAAAGAAGAAAAUAAUGGCCUUGGCAUCAGUAUAAAAGGUGGCAAGGAAAAUAAAAUGCCCAUUUUGAUUAGCAAGAUAUUUAAAGGCUUGGCAGCAGAUAAAACUGGCCAGUUGUAUGUAGGUGAUGCUAUUUUGUCCGUAAAUGGUGAAGAUCUCAAAGAUGCAACACAUGAUGAAGCUGUUAGAGCUCUGAAAAAUGCAGGAAGGGUUGUGGAAGUUGAAGUAAAAUACUUAAGAGAAGUUACGCCAUACUUUCGGAAGAACUCUGCUUUGCACGAGUUAGGUUGGGGAUCUGCAGAUAACUCCCAUGAAGCCAACGGCGCCAACUGGUCUGAAAGCAAGACAAUCCCACUUAAACUUUGCUACUUGUGUCGCAACUUGAGUUUGUCCGAUUCUGAAAAAAGGAGUAUUGAAUUGCAUUCACCCGACGGCAAAAGUUCGUGCGUUUUGAGAUUUCCUGAUUCUUCAACUGCUGCGGAGUGGUUCAAUGCCUUACACUCGAAUGUGACCAUGUUGACUGCUCAGGCCAUUCAUGAUGCUAAUAUAGUGAUCAGCUCCGCCCCAAACCAGAGGGAGAUCGUUCACGUGGGAUGGCUAGCUGAACAGCUACUAGACGAACACAAUAAACACACAUGGAAGCCUGUAUUCAUUGCGUUGACAGACAAGGACCUGCUAAUGUACGACACUGCACCCUGGAGUAAAGAGGAAUGGGCAACACCCUUUCAGAGUCAUCCUCUCCUGGCCACUCGACUGGUUCAUUCUGGUCGCCAGUCAGCCCAUGCUCUGAAUGACGGAGACGUGCUCACGUUUGGUACUCGCUCCGGGACCAGGAAUGGUGUGGAGACCCAUGUGUUCCGUGUGGAAACCCAGCGGGACCUUGCUCACUGGUCACGGGCCCUCGUACAGGGCUCACAUGGGGCCGCAGCCCUCGUCAAGGAGGUCACAUGUCCUGCUACUUGGCAGAGUCAGAAAGGCAAGCUGACAUUGCACUACGAGAAUGGCUUUGCCCUGUACUCUCUCAAGCUGGGCGAGGGAGACAAGCCGAAGCUGCUCUGGUAUUUCCCCUACGAAGCCUUGAGAAUGUCCGCAGACGACGGUCAUAGGCUGCUGUGGUUGGACUUUGGCAAUCAAGGGGAAAAGGAGCUGGAUCUGGAGGCGUGUCCAAAGCCACUGGUGUUUGUGCUGCACACUUUUUUGUCAGCCAAAGUCAGUCGUCUGGGUCUGGUUGCCUAGCAACCUAGGGUAUUUAUCAUCUUUCAUUCAACGACAAGAGCCACCAAAGAUUCUUUUAUAAUAAAACAAAGAUAAACUUAGCCAGACUUAGAUUUAGACUUAGUUAGACUCUAACCAGUUUUGCCAAAUAUUGAUUGUUAAAUAAUUAAUGAAUUGUAGAAUAUAGUAGUAAAUUAUUAUAGAAUUAUUAUUACAACUUCCAUUAACAUUUGAUAUUAUGAAAUCAUCGUCUUAUGGCCAGUAUUUUGAGACAUAUAAUCCUCCCACUUGUUUUUCAAUGAUACACAUGUGUUUAAGGAUUUUUUCUAUUAAGAAUGUAGUUUAGUGUUCAGUUAAUUUGUUAUUAUCAUGAUCAUUUCUACAAACAUUUAGCAACAUUUUGUUACCCUUGAUACAUAGACCAAAACUUGUCUCGAAGUUUUCUACUACACUUUUCAAUGUACAAUAUUUAGACUUGUACCUCAUAUAAUGAAGUUGUACCAGUGUUCUUCAGAAAAAUUUCAGAAGCCAGUUAUAUUUUCAAAGUAGCCUGCAACUAAGCAAUAAAACAGGCAUAUUUGCACCAUUUCAAUUGAUAUUUGGGGAAAGUAGCCGGCAUCUAGAUUGAAGGAACUGGUGAAAUAAAGGCUGUCGGUGCUUCCGGAGAACACUAAGUUGUACAUAUGCAUUUUUUGUAACCAUACGUUAAAAAUUACUAAAGGUAUGCCACUUUUUAUGCUCCCCCUAAAAUUUUGGAGGGGGAGCAUAUUGUCGCCGCUUCGUCUGUCCGUCUGUCCAUGCGUCCGUCCGUCCAUCCGUGCACAAUUUUUGUCAGGGCUAUUUCUCAGCAACUAAUGACCAGAAUUCAAUGAAACUUUAUGGGAAGCUUCACUACCAAGAGGAGAUGUGCAUAUUAUCAGCUGGUUCUGGUCGGAUGAUUUUUCACAGAGUUAUGGCCCUUUGAAAUUUUCCAUUAACUGUACAUAUUGUGCAAUUCUUGUCCUGGCUAUUUCUCAGCAACUAAUGACCGGAAUUCAAUGAAACUUUAUUGGAAGCUUCACUACCAAAAUGAGAUGUGCAUAUUAUCAGCCAGUUCUGUCGGAUGAUUUUUCACAGAGUUAUGGCCCUUUGAAAUUUUCCAAUAACUGUACAUAUAGUGCAAUUCUUGUCUGGGGUAUUUCUCAGCAACUAAUGACUGGAAUUCAAUGAAACUUUUUGGGAAGCUUCACUACCACUAGGAGAUGUGCAUAUUAUCAGCCGGCUCUCGUCGGAUGAUUUUUCACAGAGUUAUGGCCCUUUGAAAUUUUCCAUGGUACAUAUAGUUUAAUUCUUUUCCGAGCUAUUUCUCAGCAACUUAUUACGGGAAUUCAAUGAAACUUUAUGGGAAGCUUCACUACCAACAGGAGAUGUGCAUAUUAUCAGCCGGUUAUGGUCUGAUGAUUUUUCACAGAGUUAUGGCCCUUUGAAAUUUUCUAUAAACUGUACAUAUAGUGCAAUUCUUGUCCGGGCUAUUUCACCCCAACUACUGACUGGAAUUCAAUGAAACUGUGGGAAGCUUAACUACCUUGAGGAGAUGUGCAUGUUAUUUGUGGGUUCUGGUUAGAUGAUUUAUUUAGAGAGUUAUGGCCCUUUGACAUUUUUAAGUUGCUAAACCAUCCAUCGUAUUAUUUUGUCCAAAGUUAUGCCCCUCAAGACGUUUCCUUUUAUUAGCUCACCUGAUUGCUCAGGUGAGCUUUUCUGCCCGGUCUUUGUCCGUUGUCUGUCCGUCCGUCCACAUUUGUUCGAAAACACUAUAGAAGCCACAUUUAUUGUCCGAUCUUCAUGAAACUUGGUCAGAAGCUUCGUCCCAAUGAAAUCUCGGUCGAGUUCGAAACUGGGUCAUGCCGGGUCAAAAACUAGGUCAUUAGGUCAAAAAUAGGAAAAAACUUGUAAACACUGUUGAAGUCACAUUUCAUGCCCAAUCUUCAUGUAACUUUGUCAAAAUGUUUGUCUUAAUGAUAUGUUGGUUGAGUUCAAAAGUGGUUCUGGUCCGUUGAAAAACAUGGCCGCCAGUGGGCGGGGCAGUUUUCCUUAUUUGGCUAUAGAGAAACCUUGUAAACACACUAGAAGUCACAAUUUUUACCCAAUCAUCAUGAAAGUUGGACAAAACAUUGGUUUUAUUGAUAUCUCGGAUGAGUUUGAAAAUGGUCCAGAUCGGUGAAAAACAUGGCCGCCAGUGGGCGGGGCAGUUUUCUCUAUAUGUAUAUAGUGAAUAUAGAAGUCACAUUUUUGGCCCAAUUUUCAUGAAAUUUGGUCAGAACAUUUGUUUCCUUCAUACGAGAGUUGAGUUAAAAAAUGGUUCCAGUCAGUUGAAAAACAUGGUUGCCAG